AUGGCCAAUGGGGACAAUGUGGUCUGGGCCAUGCCAGCAUUGGUAACACAACAAUGGGGGUGGCUCGCCCACGUUACGCAAAGCAGUAAAUUUCAACCUUCAUCAAGGCACACCCCGUUCCUUGUUCUCUUUCAAUCCAUUCAACUUUACUCUUCUAUGCCAAAAUCCCGUUUGAUACGAAUAGCACCUUUGACAUUACUCGCCCUAUGCCUUUUAUUGCUAUGGUCACAACAGCCUUACAUUCCAGCUUACAGCAAAGUUGAACAGCGAUCAGCUCCCGAUCUACUACAUGUUGACAACGGCAAUGAACACAUGGCAAGACAAGAAGACCACAUUCAAAGUAAACGAACCGUCAUAGAACCAGUGAUCCAUGCGGAUGACGAUGGUAUGGAACAUCUCAGGUUUACACAUGAUAUUGCAGUCCCUGUGCCUAUCAAACCAUGGACAGAGGCCGAUAUGCAUACGAUGCAAACAGCAUUGGUUGGUCAAUCCAUUGUGGCAGAUCUUUUGACAGCACCAGAAACAAUGCCGGAUUUCAAGUCUUUAACGUAUCAGCAACGUGUCUUCAAGGCUCUCUUCCAAUACUUUGAUCCAUUGAUCGCCAAAGGAGACAUUGAUCUGGAAUCUGAUCCACAAUACAAGGACGCUUGGUCGCUAUAUCGACGACUAGAGAAGACUCUGUAUCCAUGGUUACGACCUUUCUACAACAACGCAUUUCAUUUGACCAAUGCCACAUCAUCACGUGGUAUCGUGAUUUGCAUCGGCAACCAUCAAUUUCAAUAUGCUGCCACAACCAUCCGUGCCAUUCGUCAAGUGCUCAAAUCCCAAUUGCCUAUUCAAGUGUUUUAUAUCCGUGAUGGCGACUUGACACCCACACGCAAGCUUUAUCUCGAGACCGAGUUUGAGAAUGUGCAUACUGUGGCUGUGGUGGAUCGCAUCAAUGACCAAUUUACCAAAUUCGGUGGAUGGGCACUUAAACCUUAUGCCAUUCUCGCAAGCAGCUUCCAAGAGGUGAUUCUUAUGGAUGCAGAUACCUUCUUUUUCAAGAAACCGGACACGCUAUUUGAUGAUGCUGGCUAUCGUAAGACUGGAGCUCUGUUCUUUUAUGAUCGAACUCUCUUUGCCAACUGGGAUGUGGGUCGAAAUUGGUUGGCAUCAUUUUUACCAACCAUGAGCUCCUUUGUGCGUGAAACUCGAUGGUGGCGACUCCUCUCAGCCCAUGAACAAGAAUCCGGCGUCGUGGUCAUUGAUAAGAAACGAGCGUUGUUGGGUCUGUUGGCAACUUGCAAGAUGAAUGACUUCCGUGAACGGGAUCAAGUGACUUAUAAACACAUGCACGGCGACAAAGAAUCGUUCUGGAUCGGGUUUGAAAUGGUACAAACACCUUAUGCAUUCAUCAAGUCUUAUGGUGCGGUGAUUGGCAGCCUUGAUGAUCAACCAGAGGGCUCUAUGGUAUGCGGCAACCAACUUCAUCUAGGCGUCGAUCGUCAACCGCUAUGGUGGAACGGGGGUCUGCUGAGAGAUAAGAACAAGUGGCCUGAUCUCUAUCUAUCCUUUUCACACUAUGCUGAAGGCCAAGAUUGGGAUUUUCAAUCAUCGUGCAUCAAAGAUACCAACCAUAUCCGUGAAUUAUCGUUCACCGAGCGCGCCCUGACACAAGCUUAUGUGGCCAUUGAUGCUCAACGCAAAGAGGAUGAAGAGCUAAUUCAACAAGACCGGUGGAAACCUAGGGAACAAAAAGUCCUUGAAGCAACCAGCAACUCCAAAGAGCUCUAA